AGUAGGCUUGUUCAUUCACUAGCAUCCUAAAGCUACCUCAUUUCGUAUGCUACUGGUAGACAUGGGGGCUGUGUAUCACAGCCACAACUGACAGCGCCACCGCUGAGAGCCCACUUAUUAUAAGAAAUAAAACUGCGAGCCGUUUUCAUAUCAAGCUGCGAGGUCAGGCCUGAACAUGGAGUCUAUGUUGAACAAGCUAAAAAGCACGGUCACCAAGGUGACGGCAGAUGUCACCAGCGCUGUCAUGGGCAACCCGGUGACACGGGAGUUUGAGGUUGGAAGACAUAUUGCCAGCGGGGGUCCUGGCAUGUGCUGGAGGAUCUACAACGGCACCAAGAAGUCCACCAAACAGGAAGUGGCAGUGUUUGUGUUUGAUAAGAAGAUGAUUGAUAAGUAUCAGAAAUUUGAGAAGGAUCAAAUCAUUGAUUCGCUGAAAAAAGGGGUGCAACAGCUGACCAGACUGCGUCACCCACGUCUCCUGACUGUGCAGCAUCCUUUGGAAGAGUCACGAGACUGCUUGGCGUUCUGUACGGAGCCGGUGUUUGCCAGUCUGUCCAACGUGCUGGGCCAGUGGGAGAACCUGCCCACCCCUAUGCCCAACGACAUCAAGGAGUACAAACUAUAUGACGUGGAGACCAAGUAUGGCUUGCUACAGAUCUCGGAGGGUUUGUCCUUCCUUCAUAGUGGGGUGAAAAUGGUUCACGGCAACUUGUGUCCAGAGAACAUCAUCCUCAACAAGAGCGGAGCCUGGAAGAUCAUGGGCUUUGACUUCAGCAUCUCCUCGGCUAACCCCUCAGAUGCCGAGCCUAAGUACACAUGUAAAGAGUGGGAGCCCAACCUCCCUCCGCUCUGCCUCCCCAACCCUGAGUACCUGGCUCCCGAGUACAUCCUGUCAGUCAGCUGUGACUCUGCUUCCGACAUGUACUCCCUGGGUGUGGUCAUGCAUGCCGUCUUCAAUGAGGGCAAGCCUGUUUUCCAAGUCAACAAGCAUGACAUUUUUAAGAGCUUCAGCAGGCAACUGGACCAGCUGAGCACCAUGAGUCCAGCGCUGUUGAACAAGAUACCAGAGGAGGUGCGGGAGCACGUCAAAAUGCUGCUCAGCGUCACACCAAACGUCCGACCAGAUGCAGACCAAAUAACAAAGAUUCCAUUUUUUGAUGACGUGGGUGCUGUGACGCUGCAGUACUUUGACUCCCUCUUCCAAAGGGACAACCUACAGAAGUCCCAGUUCUACAAAGGCCUCCCCAAAGUUCUGCCCAAACUACCCAAGAGAGUGGUGGUGUAUCGAAUCUUGCCAGCACUCACCUCUGAGUUUGUCAACCCGGACAUGGUUCCCUUUGUGCUGCCCAACGUGCUGCUGAUCGCUGAGGAGUGCACUAAGGACGAGUAUAUUCGCCUCAUCUUGCCUGACCUCACGCCUGUUUUCAAGCAGCAAGAGCCUAUUCAGGCUAGUAAUAUGAUCCUGCUGAUAUUCCUGCAGAAGAUGGACCUACUGCUGACCAAGACACCAGCGGAGGACAUUAAGAACUCUGUGCUGCCUAUGGUCUACAGAGCUCUGGAAGCCCCUUCUGUACAGAUCCAGGAGCUGUGCCUGAACAUCAUCCCGACGUUCGCCAACCUGAUUGACUACCCGUCUAUGAAGAACUCCCUCAUCCCUCGAAUCAAAUCUGCCUGCCUACAGACCUCCUCACUUGCUGUACGAGUGAACUCUCUAGUGUGUCUGGGGAAAAUUUUGGAAUAUAUGGACAAGUGGUUUGUCAUUGAUGAGAUCCUGCCCUUCUUACAACAAAUCCCCUCCAGAGAACCAGCAGUACUCAUGGGCAUUCUAGGAAUCUAUAAGUGCACCUUCAGCCACAAGAAGUUGGGCAUUCCCAAAGAGCACCUUGCCACCAAGAGCCUGCCCCACCUUGUCUCUCUUAGUAUAGACAACAACCUCAACCUUAAUCAGUUUAACUCGUUCAUGGUGGUCAUACGGGACAUGCUGAGUCGCAUGGAGGCUGAACACAAGACCAAGUUGGAGCAGCUGCAUGUUAUGCAGGAGCAGCAGAGGAGUAUAAACAUCACAAACCCAGGGAGCCAAUCAGAGGAGACCAAGAGCCCGCCUAGCACUGGCAACCAGAUUGAUGAUAUCUUCGGCAGCACCAGGGUUAAUGGAAAAGAGAAUGGAUCUGCAGCACCAGCCCCACAGCCUAAUAGAAUGUCUCUGACUCUAGAAGAGAAACAGCGCUUGGCUAAGGAGCAGGAGCAGGCAGCCAAACUGAGGAGCCAGCAGCCAUUAGCACCACAGACUAUCAAACCAGCCUCCACCUCCAACACAAAGACUAAGGAUCUGACAAGCAGUCUUCUCAACAACAUGACAUCUCUAAACAACAUGUCCUUGGCCAACACAGCGCGACCAGCCCCAGUGCAGGGCACCACCAUCGCUGCCUUCCCCUCCUCCAGCCCCAUGCUGGGCCCCAUGGGUGCCCCAGUCUCCAACGGCUUCAACCCACCCAUGGCCUUUCAGACAGGAGGUAUGGGGAUGGGCAUGCGGCCCACUGGCCCCGGCCUCUAUGGCGGCAUGGCCACCACCACCAGCACCCCAAACUUUGGAGCCCUCACGCAGAAUCAAGGACCAAUUGGGCAGACAAAUAAAGCCCACGACAUGUCAGCCUUGGACAGUCUUUUUACACCCAGCCAGCCCAAAGUCACACUCAACCAAAUGGGUCCAAAGGCUACACCUGGCACCAACUCCCCUUGGCUCAAUCAGUUUGGUUCACCCCAGAAUGCUCAGACUCAGAUGCAGGGUGCGUCAGUGGGUAUGGGAGGAGUACCCAGCGGGUUUGGGAUGCAAGCAAACCCUUUUUUCAGCCCGCAGAACUUUUCUCAAACCCCUGCUGCCCCUAGCCUGAACCAAAGUGGAAUUAAACAUAGUGCAUCUGUCAACAAUGAUCUGAAAGACUUAUUCGGCUAAACGUAAAUUUAACAUAGAUUCCAGGUUAAGUAUUUUCUUUAAAUAACUUUGGGCAGAAGAGCCUUGAAUUCUCACAGAACAAAACACUGAAAACAAAAUCCUCUCAAGGGUGUUACUGUCUGUAUUUUUAAUCCGACCUGGUUUAAAUUUUGAGUCUCGCUCACAUUCAGCUGGCAAAUUAACCUCCACCUGAAUUCCAUUUCUACUUGACCAGAAGGACAAAAGGUUUGGGGUGGGAAAUUCUUCUAUGCUGUGUUCUUUAAAUGCUGGGGGUUUCCUACUGUUUUGUACUUGACAUUCUUGGGAGUCCAAAUGACAUGGGUUGAGAUUAAUCCCAACUCGAUUUAUUCAGGAAGGUUUUGUGUUCAUAUCAUGAAUGAUUGAAUGGAGUGGAUUUCACUUGGUAAACAAGUUGCAUCAGAAUCACCACUUAAAAUGGUCAGAAAAUGAUGGAAAAACGUGGCUUCCAUGCUUCACAUCUGCUCAGUUUCAGGCUUCUGUACCUUUAUUGCUUCUCCAGACUAACUUUUGCUGCAUGUCUAAAGUGAUAAAAGAGUUGGCUUAAAAACAAAUACUGCAUACACCAAAAUGUCUGAGCCCAGUGGGAGGGAGGUAGCUUGAAGUGUAGCACCGACAAGCCUGCAGUCACUGAUCUGCAUCCAGGAGGCUCCUCUGUGGAGAAAAUCUAGAAGGGGGUGGAGAAAAUUGACAGGCCCACCGUCGCGGUUUAGAUGGGGAACACCAAGUAGCCCCACUGCAGCUGUCUCCAUGGUAACUGUUUCUCUGCAGCACCGGAAACCUCCAUUUUGUGGACACAAAUUGGACUAGUGAUCCAAUCUGGUCUUCAUUUUUUUCCCUCCUUUGGUCUCAUUCUUUUAUCAUCAGGUUAUAAGGCUGCAAAACCGGCUUUUUUUCCCCUUUACUUAAUUUCACAUCUUAACAAGCAUGUUGAAAAGGGAAGGGUUAAUUCUGUCUGGUCAAAGUUUGUUGACGACCAUUUCAUCUCACAAAAACAUUGUGUCCGUUUUCAGUAUGAACGACUUAUCUGUGUACAAUGAAAGUGGAGUAGGAUGUGUAGAGUAGCUAUAACAGCAGUGUCCUUUCAACAAGAUGCUAAUACUAAAGGCAAUGAAGGACCAUAUGCACUGCUUAGGCUAUUGUGCCUUACAUGGGUACAUGUGUAAAACUAGACAGACAGCACUCAUCUGUUACUAAAGUAUUAAUAUUUUCCCUUUUAAUCAGCUGUCUGGCUUUUGCUUCGCAAAUUACAUUAUUUGUUGCAUGUUACUGAAAUUGACCACCAUUUGAUUUUAGCAUUUUUUCUAAUAAUGAUUCCUAACAAUUCUAGUGACCAAUGACAUUUAAUUUCAUGUGUCCAGCUGGAUUUGCUCUGAUGAAGUUUUUAAGGGACUCAAAAUCCUCCCUGUGCACCAUUUUCUGUUAAUCAAUUUGUACAAUGAUGAAGAUUUUCUCUAUAUAUUUUGAUUUCAGCACUUUUCAGCUGUCCGAGGACCCGUGCUGGUGAAAUAUUAUUAUGGAGUGUAAAUAUAUAGUUAUUUAAAAAUGGAUUGCUCUGUGAGGGCCUUGGCAUUUUUAUGUCCUUGUGAUAAUGGUUAAGAGGCCUUAGAUGAGUUGUGUGCAAUAAUCCUUAUUGGUUGUUAAGGGUGCAUAUCGAUUGGCUUAAGCAGCCGUCAGUGUGUCCUUACCUUCAUCUCCACUGACCUACAAUAAUUACAUAGGUCUGUCAGAUUUUCUAAACAGCUUAACAUUAAUGUGUACUCAUUCUAAAUCUUACAUUUUUGAAGAGAAUUACACAAUUCUGGGUUUUUUAGACGCACCUUGGUCACACUGUGUUUCUGCUGACAAUGAUUGUUGUUAACAUGCUGAAAUGUAACGUCUUUUAUUGGGUUCACUUUCUGUUUUUAUAUAUUAAUGCCACCUAUACAAGGUGAGCUCUCUCCAGCCGCAUGGAAGUGUUACUCGCAAGUGACUGACUCGUCGGGUUCUGUUAAUUUCCACAUUGUCAAACAAGACUACAAAUGUGUCUGUGAUUGGAGCUUUUUCAUCUGUAGAUCGGCAUACAGUAUGUGGCAGUUUUGAUUUCAUCACAAAGUGGAAGUGAUCCUGGCAGAACCCCAAAGCAGAAAACUAAAGCUUAUUCUUCUACAAGAUUGUUUGUAUACCACUGCUGUCAUAUAUGUGUAGUGUGGCCCUUGUUUUGUGUUAAGGUGCUAGUCUCUGAGGUGGUUCAAUGAAAAUCUGUACAUAUAAAGGAAAGUACACAAUCUAA